AUGGCCUCUCCGACGCCACCCACCUCGCCGAUCUCUUCAGAAGGAUCCAGCAUGUUUCUGUCUCCGGAUCGCGACCUGUCGCCCGGAUCGCCCGAUCUCGGAGGACACACCCCAGCGGUCCCCUAUCGGCCUGGGUCUCCGCGCCAUCUAGGCCCAACCGGAUCGCCCACAAUCCCCACGGGAUCGCCAGAUCGACAGCCGACCAGACCCUCGUCUCCAUCCCGAGACUCGCCAUCUAGAUCGCCGGAUCGCGGGUGGUAUGCUCCUAUCGUCCCAGGUCAACAUGAGUCUCUCAGUAAUCUCAGAUCGGUCGGAUCGCUCUCGACCGACGCGGAAUUAUCAGAUCGUUCUUCCGAGCCAUUCCCGCUUCCCACUCCUCCGGCGGCCCCAGAUGCGUCCAGAUCCGACAUCCCGGCCGCUAAUGAAUCUCGUGAAAGGUCUGCUCCAGCUGUGGGCGUCACCGGCUUCGUUCCCAGAGUUUCUGCCGACGACGUUCGUCUCACGAUGGCCACGAUCUCGUAUUUGUGGGAUCGAGAGGCUACCUUCUGCAGCCAAGCCGACAACAUUCAUGCGCUUCAGCAGUCCUACCGAGAUGCCGUCGCCCGGGAGGAUCGCUUACAAGACGAGCUUGAUUCGCUGUACAGAUCAGCCGCCCCUUUUGUCUCCUUUGUCCAGUGUCGAUAUGACUGGAUGCAGGGCCGCUACGUCGACGCAGUGCAUUCUUUGAGUGAUUGCAAUCGAGCUCUGCGGACAUAUCGAGAUCAAUCGGAGGAGAUUCGUCGGCUACGCACUUUGAUACGUGCCAAUGACGAGGCUCAGGGGAACUUGGAACGACAGGUGGAUGCUUUGAGGGCUCAACUUCAUUCGCUCCAAGCCGAACUCAAUUCUCUCCGACAGCAGCGUGAUCAGCUGACCAUGGACAGGUCCUUCCUUCACAUAGAUAUUUUGCACUUGAAGGAGCAAUUGGCUCAGUCUCAGGAGGAGAUCGCAGAUGGACUGUCUUCGAUCAGCGAUCUCAUACAACAAGUGGAUGGUUUGACUCCCCUAGAGGGUCAGUUGGCACUUUCGCAGGCGGAGAACGCCAACCUACGUCGUCAGCUUGCGGAACACCUCGAGGUACACGACCAGUUGCAGGUGCUGGAGCAUGAUCGGGAUCGGGCUAUAGCUGAACACCGUGCUCUCCUCGACACACUGAAUAGUGCUAUACUCGGAUCCCGGUCGUCUGCGUUGACCGCUCGAUCGACGCCUAAGAGUGCUACUCCGGCCGGAUCGCCCCCUGCUCCCACUACCCCGGGAUCGAGAUCGCUUGCCCGUAGGUCCAGAUCGAGAUCGUCCGGCCCGCCUGCCAAGCGUUGGCGUAUUCAAUCAAGGUCACGAUCCAGAGAUUCUUUCACCGCCCGUGUGGCCUACCGGCUAUUGUCGUUGAACCCUUCAAUGCCUUUAAACAAACUUCCCAGAUUGUCCCCACCCGAGCCUCCACCCAAUUCUUCUUGUUCUCCGCUUUCGUCCGCGGCUUCUGGGACUGGAUCGGGAAGUGAGGAGCUGACCGAGUCGGAUUCUAGCUCGAUGAAUUUGACUCGUGCUGCAUUAUCCCAAUCGAGAUCGGCCGCUCGUCGCCAACCUAGAUCGGAUGCCCGAUCUUCGACCCCGAACCCCUCUCCGGCCGCUCGGGUUGUUCCCGCUUCUCCCGCAGCUACUGCGUUGGCUCAAGCACUGUUGCGUUCGCCUUCUGCAGACAUUCCGAAGCCUCGUUAUCUUUCGUACCCAUCCACUCCGGCCGCGGCUGUCCCCGUAGUCAAAAUUCAAGAUAAUGGCGGCGUAGAAGACGUGUAG